GAUUUUACAAUAAUCACAUCCACAGCAACAUCAGGAAGGAGAAAAUUUUGUGAGAGGCUUUAGCAUAGGCAAGAGAAACAAAACCAAGAUCCCACCCCUCAAAGUGUGUGGCUUAAUAGUUUGUACAGAAAUCUGCUGGAGUUGGAGGUAUAGAUCACCUAAGAUUUGGUGACAGGAGUGUGGGAUUGUGCUGAGAGAUUUGAUGGAUGUUUAGACCAUCAAGAGAGGCUACUCUGGUUUUGCCUGAAGCUUUUGGUCAUAUUUCUCCUCUUCCAAUCAAGAGUUGAAUUUUUUUAAGGCUGGGGCGAGGGAUCAGGAGUACAAUUCAGUAAGAAGCCUGUCAGCUGGAAUUUCUUCCUCCUGCUUUUGUGAAGAAUCUAUACUUGCACGCUGUUCUGAAUCUCCUCUUUCUGACCGUCAGGAGUUUUUAAAGUGAAAGAAAGUUGGUUGUGUGGGGGUGGGUGGGGGAAGUUGAAGGAAUCUAGGCUGGAAUUUGUUGUGACAAUAGUUUGCAGGAUUACUUGGAGUUUCAGAAUAUAGGCAAGAGAGGGGCCGGUAACUUCUCUGUGUAAUGGUCUCCUGAAGAUUGGAUGUUUAAGAUCUCUCUCACCGGGAGUCACCAGAGCUAAAGGCUGAACCGACUGUCUGAGGCUGUGGAAAACUUUAAGCUGAUCAGAGGAAAGAAAGCUGAACUCCGUCCCUUUUCCUCAGUCUUUGAACUCCCGUGCUCUCUCUCUCUCUCUCUCUCUUCUCCUCCCUCCUAUUUCUUUUCUUCAUCCUCUUUAAUGGCUAGAUUGAGAGACAGUUUGGCAGGGUUUGUCCUGCUGACUCUGGUAAUUUCUGGGGUUUGCAUUCAUGCGUGCCCCAGCCGCUGUAUCUGCUCUGGAUCCAAUGUGGAUUGCCAUCAUUUGGGAUUAAAGGCUGUUCCGAGAGGAAUACCCAGGAACACCGAGAGACUUGACCUGGACAAGAACAACAUCACUCGCAUCUCCAAGACUGACUUUGUUGGGCUAAAGAAUCUCAGAGUUUUGCACCUUGAGGAGAAUCAGAUCAACAUCAUUGAAAGAGGAGCUUUCCAGGAUCUGAAGCAGUUAGAAAGACUGCGACUCAACAAGAAUAAACUUCAAGUCCUUCCUGAACUGCUCUUCCAGGGCACUCCAAAGCUCUCCCGACUUGAUCUGAGUGAAAACCGGAUUCCAGCUCUUCCCAGGAAGGCUUUCCGUGGGAUUGUUGACAUCAAAAAUUUGCAGCUGGACAACAAUCACAUAAGUUGUAUCGAGGAUGGAACCUUCAGAGCCUUACGUGACUUGGAGAUCCUUACCCUCAACAAUAACAACAUCAGUCUCAUCCCAUUGACCAGUUUCAACCACAUGCCAAAGCUGAGGACCUUACGGCUUCAUUCCAACAAUCUGAUCUGUAACUGUCAUCUGGCCUGGCUGUCUGACUGGUUACGCCAACGACGUCCCAUCGGUCAAUAUGCCCAAUGCACGGGCCCCUCUCAUCUGAGGGGCCUUUACAUCGCUGAUGUUCCGAAGAAGGAAUAUGUCUGCAAUGGUCCUCAGUCCUCAGAAACUCAGUCAUGCAGUGCCCAUUCUACGUCAUGUCCACCAGCGUGCGUAUGCAGCAACAAUAUUGUGGAUUGUCGUGGGAAAGGGCUGACCGAAAUCCCAGUCAACCUUCCAGAAAACAUUGUGGAAAUACGACUGGAACAAAAUUUGAUCAAGACUGUGGGAGCCGGAGCAUUCACUCAAUAUAAGAAGCUCAAGCGCAUAGACCUGAGUAAGAACCAGAUCUCGGAAAUUGCAGCUGAUGCAUUUCAAGGACUGCGAUCUCUGACCUCACUUGUCCUCUAUGGAAACAAGAUUACUGAACUCCCCAAGGGCCUCUUCGACGGACUGAUAUCGAUUCAGCUGCUACUUCUAAAUGCCAACAAGAUUAACUGUUUGAGAGUGAAUACCUUCCAGGACUUGCAGAACCUCAACCUCCUUUCACUAUAUGACAACAAGCUACAGACCAUCGCUAAAGGACUGUUUACACCUCUCCGAUCCAUUCAGACACUCCACUUGGCUCAGAACCCAUUUGUCUGUGACUGCCAUCUGAGGUGGUUGAGUGAAUAUCUCCAUAACAACCCGAUUGAAACCAGCGGUGCCCGCUGUAGCAACCCACGCCGCCUGGCCAACAAACGCAUCAACCAGAUCAAGGCAAAGAAGUUUCGCUGCUCAGGCUCAGAGGACUACCGAACUAAGCUGAGCAGUGACUGCUUCAUGGACCUGGUUUGUCCUGAGAAAUGCCGCUGUGAGGGCACUGUUGUGGACUGCUCCAAUCAGAAGCUCUCCAGGAUCCCCAGUCAUCUCCCGGAGUACACCACUGAACUGCGGUUGAAUGACAAUGAAUUAACCAUCCUGGAGGCAACAGGCAUCUUCAAGAAGCUCCCCAACCUCCGUAAAAUAAACCUGAGUAACAAUAAGAUCCGAGAUAUUCGAGAGGGAGCAUUUGAAGGGGCAUCAGGGGUAUUGGAAUUGUUGCUGACUGGAAAUGAGCUGGAAAUGGUCCACAGCCGAAUGUUUUCUGGUCUCUCUGGGCUCAAGACACUGAUGCUACGGAAUAACCGGAUCAGCUGUGUCAAUAAUGACACCUUUACUGGCCUUACCUCAGUCCGUCUGCUGUCACUCUAUGACAACCAAGUCACCACCAUUACUCCUGGAGCAUUCAACACCCUCCAUUCUCUCUCUACCAUAAACCUACUGGCCAAUCCUUUCAACUGUAAUUGUCACCUGGCCUGGUUGGGAAGGUGGCUAAGGAGGAGAAGGAUUGUCAGUGGAAACCCACGUUGUCAGAAACCAUUCUUCCUGAAGGAGAUCCCAAUUCAGGAUGUGGCUGUUCAGGAUUUCACCUGUGAUGCAGAUAACAAUGAGAGCAGCUGCCUGCCAGGCCCUCGAUGUCCUGAACUCUGUAAUUGUGUUGAUACAGUGGUGCGGUGCAGUAACAGAGGCUUCCGCACCUUACCUAAAGGCAUUCCCAAGGAUGCAACUGAGAUAUACUUGGAGGGGAACCAACUGACUACAUUCCCUAGUGAGCUGUCUAAUUUCAAGCAGUUAUCACUCCUAGAUUUGAGCAACAACAGUAUCAGUAUGCUCAGUAAUUCCAGCUUCAGCAACAUGUCGCACCUCUCAACACUGAUCUUGAGCUACAACCGGCUGAGGUGCAUUCCAGUCCACGCUUUUGAUGGUUUGAAGUCGUUACGAUUAUUGACUUUACAUGGUAACGAUAUCUCCACCAUUCCCAAUGGAGCAUUUAGUGGUCUCACAUCACUCUCUCACCUAGCUCUUGGGGCAAACCCUCUGUACUGUGAUUGUAACCUGCGCUGGCUGUCCGAGUGGGUGAAGACAGGUUACAAGGAGCCAGGUAUUGCCCGCUGCACAGGACCAGAGGACAUGAAUGAAAAACUUCUCCUGACAACACCCACAAACAAGUUCCAUUGCAAGGACCCACUGAACAUUGCAAUAACAGCCAAGUGCAACCCAUGCCUGUCCAGCCCUUGCAAAAACAAUGGAACCUGUAACAAUGACCCAGUUGAGUUCUACAGAUGUACCUGUCCCUAUGGGUUUAAGGGCCAGGACUGUGCCAUUCCCAUCAAUGCCUGUAUCAACAACAAGUGCCAAAAUGGAGGAACCUGCCAUCUCACUGAGGGAGACAAACGUGGAUUCAGGUGCCUCUGCCCUGCAGGCUUCGAGGGACAGCUGUGUGAAGUAAAUCCCGAUGACUGUGACGAUAAUGACUGUGAAAAUAACUCCACGUGCAUAGAUGGAAUCAACAACUAUGCCUGCCUUUGCCCACCCAAUUACACAGGUGAGCUUUGUGAAGAGGUUGUGGAUUACUGUAUCCCAAAGUUCAACCCCUGCCAGCAUGGCUCCAAAUGCAUCUCAAAGGACAGGAAGUACAGGUGUGAGUGUUUGCCUGGUUACACCGGCCAGAAUUGCCAAACAGAUUAUGAUGACUGUGUGGAAAAUAAGUGUCGACAUGGUGCACAGUGCGUUGAUGCCAUUAAUGGUUAUACCUGUGUCUGUCCUACCGGUUUCAGUGGACUAUUCUGUGAGAUCCACCCUCCCAUGGUUCUGCCCCGCACCAGUCCCUGUGACAACUACGACUGCCAGAAUGGAGCUCAGUGCAUCGAGGUACAAAACGAGCCCGUCUGCCGGUGCUUAGCUGGCUUUGCAGGGCAGAGGUGCGAGAAACUUGUCACCGUCAACUUUGUCGGGAAAGACUCUUACGUGGUGUUGUCAGCCUCCCAAGUCCGCCCGCAAGCAAACAUCUCACUUCAGGUUGCAACUGACAAGGACAAUGGUUUAUUACUCUACAAAGGUGACAACGAUCCCUUGGCUCUAGAACUUUAUCAGGGGCAUGUUCGACUCAUAUACGAUGCAUCAAGUUAUCCACCUACCACUGUGUACAGUGUGGAAACGAUCAAUGACGGGCAGUACCACACCGUCGAGCUGAUGAUGAUGAACCAAUCACUAAGUCUGGUGGUGGACAAAGGAACCCCCAGGAGUCUGGGGAAGCUCCAGAAACAGCCGACACUGAGCCUGAACUCCCCGCUCUACAUCGGAGGAAUCCCUCCAGUGUCAGGGGUAGCAGGACUCCGCCAGGGUCCCGAACGGAAUCUCAAUGGCUUCCAUGGCUGCAUUCACGAUGUAAGGAUCAACAACGAGCUGCAGGAUUUCAGGAGCUUGCCGCAGAUGCCCCUGGGCGUCUCUCCAGGGUGCAGGUCAUGCAACAUCUGCAAACACGGCCUGUGUCGCUCUAUUGACCAGUCCAGCAUCACGUGUGACUGCCACACCGGAUGGACGGGGCCUCUGUGUGACCAGGAAAUCCGAGACCUCUGCGCCAGCAACAAAUGUGUUCACGGUACGUGCAUAGCAUCCGAUUCCACCUACCGCUGCGUGUGCAAGGAAGGUUAUGUUGGCAGGUUCUGUGACAAGGACAAGCUGACGGUCAAUUGCCAGAAUCUAAAAUGUGACCAUGGCCAUUGUAAGAUCUCUGCACAGGGGGAGCCGUACUGUGAGUGUGAUACCAACUUCACGGGCGAAACUUGUGAAAUAGAGCUCCUUUGUCAAAAGGAAAUGGUCCGAGACGUCUAUCGCAAACAGCAAGGAUACGCCUCAUGCCAGACCACGGUUAAAGUGCCCCGACUGGAGUGCAAAGGGAGCUGUGGCAACAGUGAGUGCUGUGUGCCGCUUCGGAGCAAGCGACGGAAAUACGUCUUCCAAUGCACGGAUGGCUCCUCCUUCGUGGAAGAUGUGGAGCGGGUUGUUGACUGUGGCUGUGGGAGUUGUUCCUCGUAGGGACCCAAAGAAAGAGAAGAAGGAUUAAGAGCAGCAAGCGCCUGCAGCAGAGUUGGACCCAUUAACUCUCAUAGUGGACCAAAAGAAAUGGAAAUAUAUUGUAAGAUAACAAAUAGAACCUAUUUUUAUUAUUAAAAAAGGACUAUUUUCUUCAGUUAUUACUAAAUAUAUCACAUCACCUGGGUAUAUGUAUCAUACUGUGUUCCCUGUGCAAGAUUUUUUUCUUAACCAUGUUAUUAACCUAACAGAAGAAUUCAGAGAAAGCUUGUCCCUUUGGUUGUUGUGAAGAUGUUUCAAGGGGCUGUUUUCCCUCCAUCAAAGUUUGCCCUGUAUUUUUGCCUUAGGAGGUUUUAGCUUUUGAGGAAGUUGAAACAUUGGUGACAACCAAAAUGUCAAGAGGAACAUCACCAAACACCAGUUGGCUUUUGGUUUCACUGCAACCUUAGUUGCCACCUCUGGACUCCAUGUUGAGGAUCCAACAUGUCACAAUCAACAUAUUGCAAUUAGUACUCUCCAGAUGCCCAACAACGCACUGUUAAUAACAAGACUGGGGAGAACCCAGCAGGUACCCACUAAUGUGUGCAUAGUGUGAAAAGCACACUGUAGUUACACAUCAUUGUCCUGAACAUGUUACAAAGUAUCUGCAGAAUCCCAGAAGUGUACCAAUAACUUUGAUAAUCGGGUUGAGUGCAUUGCACAACCCCAAUGAUACAACAGCAUUAGCUCAGGCAUCUAAUUCUGCACUAGAAAAUGUUACACACAAUGUAAUGUAUCCUGUAGCACCCAGUACCAGAUACCACUGAUGGAACGUUGUACAGGAUCUGCAAAAAUCUGUGUAAUAUUCAGUUAGACUACUGGAAGCAGUAACAUGCUCUGUCUCACAAUAGAGUUUAUGUUAGAAAUUUCCACCCACCACAUAACCAAAACAAGACAAACCUUGAAAUAAGAAACAUAGCCACAAAUAAGACUGCAUUUGCAUCUUAAGUGGUUUGCCGGUUACCAUAUGCAUGCUUCUAUAUUAGGGUCUGGCACCGUGCAGGCUCGAACACCACCUGAGAGAUGUUUUCUGUUCCUCCUAAAGCCAUUUAAUCAUCAGCUUUUCAUCUCUGACGUGCAUGACAGAAUGUCUAGACUUGAGGCUCCUGUCACAGCUCAAAUGGUCCUUCAGCAGAUGGAAACUCUUUUUAUCCGUGAGACAGUAUUAGAUCAUUAGCUCACACCUUCUAGGAAACACAUGACAACUCUUAAUUCUGAUGACCAUAUUGCACACACCACAGAAGGAAAUUACGCAUUAUCUGCACUGAAAUAGGAUUUGGCUUCUUCUACAGCAUGCACUAAAGCAAUAUAGAACUGAAUUAUAUUCUGUGAUGUCUGAGGUAUUUGUUGAUCUUCUGUCUGACAAUGCCUCCCCCAAGUCUGGUAUCCAAAAUGUCUCCCAUGUGCCAACCCCGCUUCCAAAUAUCUUCUCUUGAGAAUUUGAAUGUCUGAUAUUUAAGUUCUCAGAUGAAGAAGAUUUAUUGCUCAUCAAGGAGAAUUCAGCUCUCCAAGGCAGUGAUUUAGAAAAUGCUGAGCAUAAGUAUUUAAGUGGAGAGGUGCACCAUGGGAGGAACAUUGAACAAUGUGACUUGACGCAUGGGCACAGAAAGUGAUGGAUGAUAAACAGGUGUUGAAUUUUCUCCAGGAGUUUGUUAAGAGAAUAAGUAAUAAAUUAGGCACAGGAAAGGACUAAAGUGGGAGAACUUCCAUUUCAUUCUCCCCCAUAUAUUUUUGUCCCCUUACAGGAUUCUUCUAUACAAAGCCUUCCUUUGAUGGAAGGCACUCAAUUCUAGACUUGUCCAUAGCUGUGGUUUACCCAGUGAUUGUUCUAUCAACAGCCAAAAGGGAGAUCAUUACUCUUGAGUCUUGAGCUCUGUGUCAAUUGAGACAAGACAUCACAGCCCUCCAACAAACACAACUGCCCACGUGGAGUGCCAUCUAUCACAGGGUGAGUGGGUCUCUGGGUUUCUCCACAUUGUUUGAAAAAAAUGACAAAACAUAUAAUGGGAAAAGGAAAACAAAACAAUGCUGGAUUCACUUGGUGCCUUAUGUUUAUCUGAUAACUGCAGUGUUUACCCAAGUGCUUAACAUUUCGCCCACUUUUGCUGCAUUGACCCAAGUGCCUUAAGUCAACCACAUGCCUUACACAUUAACCCAAGGACAUUGCAUUCAAUUGAAUGCUUCCCUGAGGAUCUGAAUAUGAACAUUAAUCUGAAGUCCUUAGUCAACCCAAUGCACUAUAUAAUAGCUCAAGGCCUUCUAGUUCAUUGAAUGUUUUAUACGUAAACACAGGGGCUUCACAAGUACCUCAUCUAUUAACCUGAGGGCUUUGCAGUCAACCCAAUGCCUUAUAAAUUAAACUGAGGGUCUUAGGUCAAAUGAAUGCCACAUACAUUAACCUCAGUACCUUCACAUAAUAAAACACCUCGAAUGCUCAAGAGGGAGGUAUGGACAUGGUACUGUACAUUGAUUCUGCAUCACUGAAGGGGACAGACAUCAGCUUACCUACUCUCAGUGAACCCAAUACUUCUUGUAUUAAGCUGAUUCCCAAUUGGCAGAAUGCCAUGGUCUAAAAGUUCAUUGGUACAUGAUAAAUGCAUACCUUUACAUCACUUCUGUAAGCAGUAAAUAAUGUCUCGAGACUCAGAAACCAAGGGAAUUGAGGUGGGUUUUGAUUCAUCCCAAUGGCAAACAAACAUCGAGGUGUUUAUAGGCUUUGUGAAGAAUAGCUUCCAUUCUAUUCUUUCGUGGAAGUCUGGUUACAGUAUGGUAAGAAAACAUGAAGGACAUAUUUUUCCAGUUUCCUUACUGGUUUGCCCACAAUAUAUUAUCUGUAUGUAGUGACAAAACUUAAGCCUGUAGAGAAGAGGUGCUGCAGAAAGUUUGUGUGAAAACCCUGACUCUGAUUCUCUCUGUAUGACAAUGUAUUCAAGGAAAUAAGCCUCUGGCCAUUUUACAAAUUGCAGGUGCUUAACCCUUUAUUCUUUGUUUUACAAAAAUAUGUACAUUUUUAUGUUAUAUAUUUUGUGAAAUGCUACUAUGUCUUGUACAAAAAAAAUUAAAGUGUUUGCACC